AUGGAACACGCUGCAAAAACAUGUGUCAAGAAAGCGAAGAAGGUCUACAUAGAAGAGCUGUAUAGGAAAUUGGAAUCUCGCGAGGGAGAGUUAGAUAUAUACCGAAUAGCGCGAGGGAGGGCAGAGUCCGCAAAAGAUAUGAAACAAUUCUACCACGUGAAUAAUACAGAAUAUAACCGUGAGAUGGCGGAUGUACUACAAAUAAAUGUCGUUACAAGCGCUGACGCAACCAUCCCACCAGCUGACCCAAUGAUUGGGCCAGCGCCACUCAAAGCAGCUGUGGAAGCUAUAACAAAGACAAAGAACGACAAGGCUUCUGGUCCAGAUGACAUACCAAACGAAUGA